UUGAAGAAACAAAAUUUCGUGCUAAACGAAAUAUGGACUAUAAUUCCGCUAAAAAUUCAAUUAAAAAGGCCAUCUUUGAAUUUUAUAGAGGAAUUGAAUUGUUAAAAUGCUAUAAGACUCUAAAUCAAACGGGAUUCGCAAAAAUCCUAAAGAAAUAUGACACAGUUGCGAAAAGAAACGGAAGCGAGAUAUAUUUACCGCGAAUUGCCAAUUACAAUUUCGUAAAAUCACCUGUUCUGGAUAAGCUCAUCCAAGAGACUGAGGCCUAUUAUAUUAAUAAUUUCGAAGGAGCUAAACGUCAACUUCGACUCCAAAAUAAAGAACAAAAGUCGCAUUAUUUCGUAACAUGGCGCGUCGGGUUAUACAUAGGAUUGUCAAUACCAUUAAUGAUUCGCGCGGUCGAUUUAG